AUGCUCCUCCUGCACCAGGUCGGCAGCGUCAAGGUUGGCGAAGUCGUCCGAUACACCGUCACCUACACGCCGUCCCAGGAUCGGAUCCUGCCGUCCCCCGAGAAACUCUACGUCCGAAUCCGAAAUACUUCCACCAUUGCGCUGCGCGCCGCAUUUGUCCACGGGCCUUACACGCUUUCCGUCUCAGCUUAUCCGUCCAACUACAACCCUAAUGAGAAAUAUCCCGAUCCCCGCCGUUAUGGAGUCCCCGAAUUCGAACCCAUGCUCAAAGCAGGAGGGUCGUGGGACUGCGAACUGGUCGUUCCACACGAUAUUCGUCAGGCUGCCGGUGUCGGCCGGCAUGCCGCGUUCGGUAAAAGCCACGACCACGACCACGAAUGCGCUAGCUGGAUCAUUGAAAUUGCCUCACAAGUGAUAUUCUCGACCUCGGCUGCCGUGGGGUUCGAGCUCGUCGUGGCACGAGACCACAAAUCGCUGAAUCUAAGCCAAUCAUUGCCUAUUGUUGGUAAUGCAAGCGCCGUACCCCAGCCCGGCCGUGUCAGUGACUAUCAGGAGAGCAUCGGCGCCAAGGACGGUCACCAUCCCGCCCAAACCAAGGGCGUCUUCUCUCGAGCCGUCCACCUGAAAGUGGAAGAUACAGCUUCGCUCUGGAACACUCCGAGACUCCCGGGCUGGGACGAUGUGAGCAAAGAAAAAGGCAAAGCCGCAGCUGCGGACAAGCCUGUGCAAAGCAUGGUUCAGACGCCCGACCCAGGAAGCCACAAAUGCAAAUCGUGUGUCGUAGGGGAGCGGAAGAAGAAGAAAAAGGUCCACCUAGUUAUCUUGACCCACGGGCUGCACAGCAACCUGGGGGCUGACAUGCUAUACAUCAAAGAGAGCAUUGACGUUGCUGCUAGACAGGCGCGGAUAGAUGCCAAGGCUAGGCGGGCAAAGGAACGAGCGGCCAAGAGGGAAGCCAGUACCGAGCCUAGAUUCGAAGAUGCAAAGCAGGGCGACGACGACGAUGAAGAGGUCAUUGUGCGCGGGUAUCCGGGAAACGCUACUAAAACCGAAAAGGGGAUCAAGUACCUUGGCAAGAGAUUGUCAAGAUAUAUUCUUUCCAUGACCUAUCCCGAUCAACCCUUUCUUCCUACUGGUAAAGGAGCGGUUUGGGGUCCCGCCGAGUCUAUGAAAGGCGACCACAGCCACCGUCACCACGGCUCUCCUGACGCAAAGGCGUCGCAAAACAAUAGCACCAUCCAAGCCCAUGUUGCCAAAGCUAAGCAGGACGUUUAUUGCAGACAUUAUAACAUAACAAGCAUUAGCUUCGUUGGGCACUCUCUUGGCGGUCUUAUCCAGACGUAUGCUAUCGCAUACAUUCAGAAGCACUCUCCCGAUUUCUUUAAUCUUAUUAAGCCAGUCAACUUCAUCGCCUUGGCAUCGCCAUUUCUCGGCUUGAGUAACGAAAACCCUCUUUACGUCAAAUUUGCACUUGACUUUGGUCUAGUCGGGCGAACAGGCCAAGAUCUUGGUCUCACCUGGAGGGCCCCGACCAUUGCUCGAAGUGGAUGGGGCGCCAUUGUAAGCAACCUGGGAGAGUCGGCACACAAAAAGGUAUACGGCGAGGCGCAAGCUGAGUCGAAGCCUCUGCUACGCAUUCUGCCUACUGGCCCUGCACAUGUGGCCCUCAAAAAGUUCAGAAAUCGAACAGUCUAUUCCAAUGUUGUCAAUGAUGGCAUUGUCCCUCUUCGCACAAGCUGUCUGUUAUUCUUGGAUUGGCAAGGCCUUGGUCGUGUCGAGAAGGCUCGGCGGGAUGCCGGCUUGGUCGAAACUGUUGUUGGCUUCGGGUGGGCAGAGUUGACGGGCACAAGCAUGCUGACCCCCCGACAAAAGCAGAGACUUGCAUCGGAUGAACAGACGCAGCAUAGUGACUCCGGAACAAGUACGCCAAUAGGCAGCAUGCGCCAGGUUCCGCAGCCUUCUGAUGAUGCCAUGGACGAGGAUGACCGAGCAAGCAUCCGGUCAGUGCCUCGAACCUUCAACGGAGACGACGAUUCUCCAUCCGAUACUGGUGUUGACGCAGCUCAAGCCCCACCGUUGGCCGGCUUCUUCAAUUUCUUCAAGAGUAAUGAGCCUCCCAGGCCCAAAGUGACUUCUGCAAAACAAAAGAAGAUUCUGCGCCGCGGUCAGACAAUACCGAUCAACGGUUGCGACACGGCCUACUCGACCACCACCACCACCACCACGACGAUCACCACCACCACUGACAGGAGCGACAGAAAACCUGGCAAAGCGACGACAGGGCAUGAGAUGGAAGAGGAGGUGGAUGGGAUGACUGCACCGCCCAAAACUACAUUCUUCGAAUCCGCCGGCGAUCUUCUCAACCCCAGCCUGCCCAGCAAAGAAUACCUGCUUGAUCCAUCCAAGCGUCCCCGAACAAUUUUCCACGACCGUGUAUACCACCCAAGUGAUAUACCCCCUCCGCCCAUGAAAAAGCGGCCGUCAACUCUUACCCGUCGUAGGACGUCGGGGAAGAUGUCUGCAACGUCGCAGCGGUCUACGCAAAGCGACUCAUCUUCGCCUCAUCCUUCAAUCAACCACGCUGAUUCCAUGGAGCCGUCGGCGAGGGAUCAGGACGACUCUGUCAAUAGCAAGCCAGACACAUAUCGGGUUGAGGUGGUGGACGGUUCGAGCAUGCGGGUAGAGGAAAAGAUUGCCCGAGGUUAUCAUCGUGAUCUUUCCUGGCGAAAGGUGCUGGUAGAGCUGGAACCGGACGCACACAACAACAUCAUUGUGCGCCGUAUGUUUGCGAAUGCUCACGGCUGGCCUGUCGUCAAGCAUUUGGUGGACGCCCACUUCAGUGACUCGGAGGCGGCACGGAUGCGAGAUGAUGAGGAACCAAACGUAGAGCGGGCAUUUGCAUCUCAGCGAUCUCCCGAUGCUGACGGCCGGGAAGUCAAACAGUUGGGCCAACUUGGUCAAGAAGGCGAGGGCAACCCCGAGUCAUCGGAAGAACCAAGCGACAGUGGGACCAGCGAGGCGCGAGAGGCGCGAGAGGCGCGAGAGGCUCUGGACGAGGUGCCCGAAUUGCGGACGAAGUCAGACGGCGAUCUCUUGCCAUUGCCGCCGCCUCGUCUCGGAUCGUCAGAUAGGGCUGACUCCAUGACUUGGAGUGAACGAGACUGGGUGGACAGCGAAGACGAGAGCGAUGUCGAAGCGCAUAAAGAAAAACAGAGGCAGCAGUCUACGCAGCCGACAAAGGGCGGGGCGCAACAAGAGCGGCUCAGCCCAUCAUCGUCGUGGAAAUGGGCUGAGAAAAUCGUGGGCAAGGGGUCGACCAGGAGCCGGAGGGAAAGCCCGAAACCCGGUGAAGGCCGAUGA